AUGAAGAUAUUAUUCGAUAUCUGUGAAGAAAGAAAUCAGCAGGUGCAGGUCAAUGCCGUGGACAAAUGGGGUCGGACACCGCUACGCUUGUGUCUUCUUCGUGGCGACAAAAUAGAGAUGAUCGAAUUGCUACUGAGAAAUGGGGCCAAUUCGAAUCUGGUCGACGCGAGAGGAUUAACACCGCUUCAAAUUAUUUGCCAGACACACGAAUGGGUUACUCAAAGAGGACACAAUCUUGAGAUGACAAUCGAUAGCGUAAGGCAUCUUAUGGAAUUGUUGCUGAGAAAUAACGCCAAUCCAAAUCUGGCUAACGAGGAAGGAUUCACUAUUCUGCACAUGAUUUGCGAAAAUGACCGUGGUCAUUACUUUGUAGAGAUAUUCUUCAAGGUCUGCGAAGAAUUAAAUCAGCUGGUGCAAGUCAACGCCCAGGACAAGUCCGGUAACACACCCCUGCAUGUGGCCGUGAAAUAUGACCACAUGAAGACGCCCAGAUUGCUGUUAAAAAAGAGUGGACGUGAAUAUAGCCGAUGCAAAUGGGUCGACUCCUCUGCACGUUUUCUGCCAGAGAUGCAGAGUCACAGAUGGCCAAAUGAUAGAGCUAUUUUUCGAGGUAAACGAGGUACAGGUUGA